AUGUCGCAGUCUAAAGACACCAAGGCAGGCCUCACCAAUGCCGAAUCCUCUGUUGACACCGAUAGUGGCAUAGGACAGGUAUCUGAGGUGCGAAACGAAUCGGGCUUCCACCGAACCUUUACCCCCAGACAAAUUCACGUCAUUUCCCUUGGAGGCCAAAUCGGAGCAGGACUCUUUAUUUCAACUGGGAAAAAUUUAUCGAAUGGCGGCCCUGGGUCUCUUUUCCUGGGCUUUGCAUUAGUAUGUACAUGCGUCUGGGCGGUGCUCAACACCGUCUCCGAAAUGACGAUUGCAUUCCCCACGAGUGGAAACUAUAUUGAAUAUGCCGAUCGCUUCGUCGACCCAGCCCUGUCUUUCGCGGGCGGUUUCAGUAUGUGUUUGGGUUGGAUUGCCGUCAUUGCGUCAGAGGCGACCUUCUUUAAUGUUCUUGUCCGCUAUUGGGCUCAAGACUCCGUCCACGAGGCAGUGUGGUUGACAAUCUUUCUCGUCCUCAUGUUUGUCAUCUUCAGUCUGCCAAACCGUGUCUUUGGUUGGUUCGAGUACGGUACCUCGAUUCUGAAAAUCCUCGUGUUGAUCAUCUUCAUUAUCGUCGGCGUGGCUCUCGUCUUUGGUGCAGGGCCCGCGGGAACUGUCCAUCACGGCGAGAACUGGCAUGACGGACAAGCCUUCCUGAACGGAUUCAAAGGGUUUGGAAACAGUGUCUUGCUCGCAAUCCUUGCAAUCGGUGACAACACAUUUACUGGCUUCCUCGCGGGGGAAUCCAAGUCCCCGCGUUUCUCUGUCGCGCACGCCGUCUUUCUCAUCCCCAUUCGAGUCUCUGUAUUCUACCUAGUCUCGGUGGCGUUGAUUGGGAUAUUGAUAUCUCCCUCAAAUGAGAACCUUCUGGGAGGUAGCGGCGUUGCUGCCUCUCCGUUCGUCAUUGCCAUCAAUCAGGCCGGUAUCAAGGGCCUUCCAGACUUCCUGAACGUGGCCAUCGUGUUCGCCGUCGCAGCCAUCGCCGCGGAGAGUUUCUUCAUUGCCUCACGGAUCCUUCAGUCCAUGGCCCAACAAGGCCUGAUUCCUGCACAGGUGGCAAAAGUCGAUUCGCGCGGGCGGCCUCGCGUUGCGCUGGGCAUCACAGGGGCUCUUGCCAUAACACUCACGUACAUUAAUCUCAGCGCCGAGGGCAUAACUGUCUUCAACUGGUUGUCCCAGAUUGCCAGCACAGGGUACUUCAUGGUGUGGCUCGUUAUCGCAAUCACAUCGUUCCGCUUCCGCGCAGCUCUCAAGGCCCAAAACGACCCUCUAUUCACUGAGACCUAUGCAUGGAAAUGCGCUAUUUGGCCGCUGCCCCCAAUAUGGCUCUUGACCUGUUGUAGCUUUUUCAUUGGGACUUCAUUCUACCUUGCCUUGUACCCUAUUGGAUCAAACACGCCAACAGCCGAGUACUUCUUCCAGUAUAUGUUCGGGACGAUAUUGAUCGUUUUCACCGCGCUGGGAUAUAAACUGAUAUAUCGCACAAAGAUCCGUAAUCCGCUAGAAGUCGAUCUCCAAACUGGACGAAGGCCGCUAGGUGUGGAGGAGAUCAAAGCGUUGGACGACUAUAAGAACAUGCCGCGUUGGAGGAAGUUCGUGUCCUUCGUGCAGCUGUGGUAA